CAGCCACAGCGAAUCUUUUGACGGGUCAGGGUCAACCCGUGAAAUGUGUAAAUUUGCAAAAGUCCGCUUCUCUUCAACUCGCCUUACUAUAAAUAACCCCAUUAGCUAUUCCUUGUUCCUCCACUGCACAAAAAAGCUCUACAAUCAGAGACCAUUAGCUAUACAUCAAUCAGAUAACUAGACAACAAACAUGGCCGAGUCAACACGUGAAGAAAAUGUGUACAUGGCCAAGCUGGCUGAGCAGGCUGAGCGGUAUGAAGAAAUGGUUGAGUUUAUGGAGAAGGUCGCAAAGACAGUAGAUGUUGAAGAACUGACCGUGGAGGAAAGGAAUCUUCUUUCUGUGGCUUACAAGAAUGUGAUUGGUGCAAGAAGGGCUUCAUGGAGGAUAAUCUCUUCAAUUGAGCAGAAAGAGGAAAGCCGUGGAAAUGAAGACCAUGUUAGCAGCAUUAAAGAAUACAGAGGCAAAAUUGAGGCUGAACUCAGCAAGAUAUGUGAUGGGAUUUUGAACCUCCUUGAGUCCCAUUUAAUACCAGUUGCCUCAACAGCCGAGUCUAAAGUGUUUUACUUGAAGAUGAAAGGUGAUUAUCACAGGUACUUGGCUGAGUUUAAGACAGGGGCAGAAAGGAAAGAAGCCGCAGAGAACACUUUAUUAGCCUACAAGUCUGCUCAGGAUAUUGCUUUGGCUGAACUAGCUCCUACUCACCCAAUCAGGCUGGGACUUGCCCUUAACUUUUCAGUGUUCUAUUAUGAAAUUCUCAACUCGUCGGAUCGUGCUUGUAACCUUGCAAAGCAGGCCUUUGACGAUGCCAUCGCGGAGCUGGAUACUCUGGGUGAGGAAUCUUACAAGGACAGUACAUUGAUUAUGCAACUUCUCCGAGACAAUCUUACACUUUGGACUUCUGAUACCACGGUCUCUCUCUCUCUCUCUCAGAAAUACACACCCACCAAUGCAGAUGCACCCACCAACAAUACCGUGCACACGAGCAAAAGUUUUUUGGGAAGUGCAUGACCUUUGUACAUGUACACCCAGGAAAUGGACUAGCUUGAUUGCUAAAUGCCACUCCCUCCGUUUCAUUUAUGCGACACAUUUUACUUCUCGAGAUUCAAACUUUGUGAAGUUUGACCAACAUUUUAACAUUUUUUUAAUCAUAUUGACAUGAGAAGAAUUGUAACUUAUAGUACUUUUUGUAUAAUUUUUUAUAUCUAAAUUAUAAUUUUAAAAUAUUGAGUUGAA